UCACGAUGAGCAAGUUAUUUUCUGCAGGAACACUUCCGUGAUGACCUUACUUGAUAAUGUCAAUAUGAACAACAGCACCAAAACUUCUUCUUGUAUCCGAAUGUAAUUAUAUCUUGUAUAUAGAUAUAAUCAACAGACGAAUCUCGGAAAGAAUGCAUAAAAUCAAUUAUGCAUUUUUACAGAUAAAUCAAUUACAGAUCUGUUUGCAGUUAGCUCCAAAUGAAAUGGCAAGUAUCGAUUGAAGCCGCCAUUUUUAUGUUUGGCGGGAAUUAGAUAUCCGUAUCCGUCUGCCGUCUCGUUAUCCUGUUUAACGAGUGGUCGUCAGCAACUGCGAGUGCUGUUUCUUAAUCGAGUGCAAAAUGCAUCUUUAAUGACUUCCAUAAUGGAGUACAUGACACGGUGACACCAGCACCUUUUGGACAACUUCUCUUGCAUGCUUUUGUGUGGAUAUCCACUGAGGUUCAUAAAGAUGAAGCGACAAAAUGUCCGUACUCUGUCCCUGAUCGUCUGCACCUUCACCUACUUGCUGAUCGGUGCUGCUGUGUUCGAUGCCCUGGAAUCCGAGAACGAAAUAGAAAUGAAGAGAAGCUUAUUGAGCCAUGAGGAAAAGAUUAUCCAAAAAUACAACAUCUCGGAUGAUGACUUUGAAAAAAUUCGGGAGAACGCACUAAAAUCAAGACAGUACAGGGUGGAAAACCAAUGGAAGUUUGUGGGCGCUCUGUAUUUUUCUUUAGUCGUCUGUUCUGUAAUUGGGUAUGGUCACAGCACACCCAAGACAGUGCCAGGAAAGCUGUUUUGUAUGAUCUAUGCACUAGUGGGAAUUCCUUUGUUUCUCAUAAUGUUUCAAAGUGUAGGAGAACGCUUAAAUACAUUUGUAACCUUUCUACUCCGAAAUAUCAAGAAAUGUUUCCGACUGAAAAACACAGAAGUGUCUCAAACAGAUUUGAUUGUGAUAACACUGUUUUUGUCCACAAUAAUAUUGACAACUGGUGCUUUAAUUUUCUCAAAAGUGGAAGGAUGGAAGCCCCUAAACGCCUUUUAUUAUUGUUUCAUAACUUUAACAACGAUUGGCUUUGGGGAUUUUGUUGCCAUGCAGAGAGAGAAUAACAACCCCGGAUAUAUAGUCCUGAGCUUGUUAUUCAUCAUCAUCGGUUUAACCGUUAUUUCUGCGGCUAUGAAUUUACUUGUUCUGCGAUUUUUAACAAUGAAUACUGAGGACGAACGAAGGGACGAAAUCGAGGCUGCUGUGGCUGCCCAGAAUGCUGUUCGUCUUGAAGGUGACGUCAUAACCGGGAAUGGUGGCGUAGUGUCAAACGCCCAGGAGCGUCCUGAAUUCCAAGAGGUGUUGUCAGUUUGUUCUUGUUCAUGUUACAAAUGGCGUUCACCAAAAGAUAAAAUUUAUAAUUCGAAUCCUAAUUCAAACCAUAUUUCGCCUUUCAUUCACUCGACUGCCAACAUUUCCAAAGAAGACGAUUUGUCUGACGAAGCGGAAUCUUUUCUGGAAUGGCAAAGAACAAAGAGAGCAUCAUUUUAGUCGAGUGGCAUUACGAACUGAAAAUUCUUAUUUCAUGUUUUUAACGAUUUUUAAAUUAUUAGGUCCCCUGAGUCACUCAGGUGACCCAUUGCUCUGCGUCCGUCGUCGUUCUCAAACAAUUGAACAUUUUCAAAUUCCAGAGAACUACAUUGUACCAUUCUAAUUCUCUUCAAAUUUGGUAUGAAAAAUCUUUGGGACGGUGGUGGGGGUAACAUGUAAAUUCAGGACUCCUCCACCCCUGAGGCUUUUAGAGGAGGGCAAAAAUUUGUCAUUUUUCAAAGAUCUUCAUCUGUAAGAAGAAGUAAAUGCAUAGUCAUGUAGAGCAUGAAUACCUCUAUCAAAAUUGUAAAUUUCAUGAUCCUCGGGGUAGAGGUUCUGACUCCAGGGCAGAAUUAAGUGUUUAUAUGUAACACAUUUAAAUCACAUUUUCUUUAAUGCUAUUGAAGAUGAAUUGAAAUUAAAUUAUUGAUAGCCCUUUACGGGUUGGAAAUCAUGACCCCAGGGAUAGGGGUUUCAUUCCAUGGUGGGACCAAAAUUAUGAUAAUGAUAAUUGUCUUCACUUUUUUGAAAACUCUAACUUUGCUGAUAUUGUAUAAAACUAAGUGCAUAUUCAGAAAAAGUAGAAUGGGAUGUGCAACAAUUGUGAAUUUCACAACCCCAGGGUUCUGACUCUAGGGCGGGUCUAAAAUUGUCAUAUAGAGUUGAUAUAACAUAUAUUAUGUAAAGUAUUUCAUCACUGUAGAUUGAUUGAUUGUUUUGAUGUGUUCCGCCACAUUCAACAUUUCCGGGAUAUUUGUGUUUUGAGAACGCAUCUUGUUGCGGAAUAUUAGAAUUUAGCUUCGAUAUACAGAUAUGCAGAACAGGAAAUGUUUUUCCAGAUUUCAUAGCCCUUAGAAGAAGUAAUACUUUUAACUAGUACUCAGGUGACCGAUAUGGUCUUUGGUUUGUUGAUUUUAUUCUAUUAUUUUAAAAAAAUAUUUUUAUUAUUUUUUUUGUAUAUUUUAAAUGUAAAUGCUAAACCUUUUUUUUAUCGAAAUAAAACUUUUUCUUUGUCAUAUCAUGCCAUGAAAUAAAAAUCUGAUUUGUC